AAUUCCUACAAUUCAACAAAACCUCUCGGCGAUGGAUCUACUUUCCGACGAAGGUCUCCGACUGGACGGACGUAGGCCGACGGAACUGCGGCGCAUCCAGUGCAAACUAGGCGUAUUCAGUCAACCCGAUGGCAGCGCCUAUAUCGAGCAAGGUAACACUAAGGUGCUGGCCGCAGUCUACGGUCCACAUCAGGCCCCGGCCAAGAAGAGUAGCCACGAGGAGGUAAUCGUUAACUGUCAGUACAGUAUGGCCACUUUUUCAACCGGAGAAAGAAAGAAACGCCCACGAGGUGAUAGGAAAAGCCAGGAGAUGACGAUACAUUUGCAACAGGCUCUGAGUGCUGCUAUCAAAACGGAACUUUACCCAAAAUCACAAAUUGAUGUGUACAUUGAAGUGCUGAUGGCCGAUGGUGGAAAUUAUUGUGCCUCGGUGAAUGCUGCGACGCUGGCCCUGAUCGAUGCCGGCAUUUGUUUGAAAGAGUACGUUUGUGCCUGUACGGCUUCGUUGGCCGGUAAAGUUCCUCUGAUGGAUGUAUCAAACUUGGAAGAAAUGAGCGGAGGACCAACACUGACAGUGGCUUCUCUACCUAGCAGCGGAAAAAUUGCAUUCAUGGAAAUGUCCCAACGUUUCCAUCUGGACCAUCUGCCGAACGUUCUGGAGACUGCUCUUCAAGGAUGCCGCGAAGUGCAAAAAAUCAUCGAUCAAACCGUUAGGGAACAUGUGACCCAGUUGGGACAGGCCGGAGAUUGGGGGAGUGUGGCCAAAUAAACUAAUUUCAUUUCUUACUAAGAAUG